AUGUUGCUUUCGCCAAGAACCAAUGUUCAAGAAUCUAUUCAAAUAAUUUUGGCUUUGAAUCGAAAAUCAAAUGAAGAUCCAAGAAAAUAUGGAUUAUUUUUGAACACACCAGAAGCUGAUGCACAAAUUCCAAAUGAUGUUUCUUUAGUUUCAAUUGCUCGUUUGUGCAAAGAUGGUCAAAAAAUUGUUAUUCGACAUACUGAUUUUCUUUGA